AUGUGCGUAAGAAAUUCCUAUCUUGUACAGGAUGUUCCUAAUUCUUAUGAUAAGGUGGAACAAAAUGCUGUUAAGAGGUUCAAGCUUUUGCAUAUUUGGUUGUUGAGGGAAUAUCUUGAACUAGACAUGAAGAUACAAGAUCCUCCCAAAAAUUGCAUCGUUGAUUUUGAGCGGAUAGUUGACGAUUUUAUCUUUAUUUGUUUCUUUGCUGGAAAUGAUUUUCUUCCCCAGUUGCCCUCUUUGGAUAUUUAUGAGGGUGCUAUUGAUUUACUAAUGACUGUUUACAAGAAAGAGUUUCAUAAACUUGGAGGGUAUCUUGUUGACAUAACUAAGAUGGGGGAGAAGCAUAGUGCUUUUGUGAAGCUAUCAAGAGUUGAAAAAUUUGUAAUCAUGGUUGGUACAUAUGAAGAAAAAAUCUUCAAUAGAAGAAGUGGAAUUAGAGCCAAGAAACUGAGAAGACUUAUUAUUGAUCAUGAAAACUCAAAGCAAGAUGAACAGGAUGCAUGUAAUUUUAUCGAUAUUGAGAAUGAAAAUAGUUCAGAUUGCGCUCUUCGCAUUAAUAAGGCAGCAUCAUUCCGAAUAUUGCAGAAUAUGAUUGUUUUCACAUAG